CCGUACGCCUGUCACUGUCACCGUCACCCGGAAGAGACGUGGCAGACAGAAGUCAGAUUGUGGAAAAAAUAAGAAAAAAGUCGGCAGCGCUUAUAUGACGAGUAGGAAGAGGUGACGGGGAGGUUAGGGGAGUCUUAGCAUACAGAAGAGGCAGAAUACUGCAAGAUUAAGAAGCAGGGAGAAGAGGAAGGGCGGAGGGGCGGUUCUGACCCUGGCAUUUUGAGGUGCCUCCGCCAUUAUGGGUCUUUGCAAAUGUCCAAAGAGGAAAGUGACAAAUCUUUUUUGCUUUGAGCACCGGGUCAAUGUUUGUGAACACUGUCUUGUAGCCAAUCAUGCCAAGUGUAUCGUUCAGUCAUACCUACAGUGGCUUCAGGACAGUGAUUACAACCCAAACUGUCGUCUUUGCAACACACUGCUUUCAUCUAAGGAGACUGUACGCCUUGUGUGUUAUGAUUUAUUUCACUGGUCCUGCCUGAAUGAUCUGGCCUCUCAGUUGCCACUGAACACAGCACCCGCGGGGUACCAAUGCCCAAGCUGCCAGGGACCCAUCUUUCCCCCCAGCAAUCUUGUCAGCCCAGUGGCCUCCACUCUGCGGGAUAAACUCUCACAGGUCAACUGGGCUAGAGCGGGGCUAGGCCUUCCUUUGAUUGAAGAGGCAGAGCCUGUAGAUGAAGUCUCCCAGCAUGACAUCACAGAUUACAGGGACUGGUCAGUUGUGAACUCAUCCUCUGAUCACCAAUCAGAAAGUCCAGAAACAGCACAGCAAACGGGGUAUAUGUACAGCUCUGUGCCCAAACCUAUACAGCACGGGUUGUCAGGAAACGGAUCAAAAGACCAUCCUGUCAUUAUUGGAGACACUGAAGGAGAGAGUGUUGCUUUUAAUGCAGCCUCCACUCCUAGGAAAAUCUAUGACACUCGAGAUGUUGCUGGCUCCCAAGAUGCAGUGAUUGAUUUUGAUGAUGACAAAUACCGGAGGAGGCCGACGCUGAGCUGGUUGGCAAGGAUAUUGCGCAACCGCACAGGUUCAAAGUCCCGGCCAGCUUCCACCAAACAGCGGUUUCUGAUUAUCCUAAUAAUCGGUGUGUUAGGCUUCCUUACCCUAAUUUUACUUAUGUCCAAAUGGGGUAGAGCAUCGGCUGAAAACGACCCGAAUCUUGACCCACUACUCAAUCCUCACAUCCGGGUCGGACAAGAGUAGAUGAUACUUCACCAUUCCAGAGGAAAAGACAGCCUUGGACUAUGUCCCCAUUUGAAAUCCCUGCUAUACAAGGCCUAUGAAUCAUGAUGUAUCAACUGAUCAUCUGAUUCUGGAAGUACAAGUAAUGUUUGUAACAGGGGGGCCUUGACUUACUCAACAUCAUUUUCUUCAAGUCCCUUCGGGCUUGGUACUGAAAGAAAAAAACAAAAACAAAAAAGAAAGUGUUGGUCCAGUUGUGAUGGCCAAGGUGUGUAUUGCUUAGACCAGGACAGACAAUGACCAUACUUCUAUAACUGUUGCUUCAGGGAUUGUGUGGCUCCCUGUAACUGUUUUGUGCCUUUUAGAAAUGGCACAAGAACAACAGUCUGCCGAAUCAACAACCAGAAAGGGCUGCAGAGCCUGAAAA